UUAUUUCCUCUGACUCACACUCAGCUUUGCUCAGCCAUUUUUAUUGCUAAGCAAGUGAUAUUGGAUAAUACAUUAUACAGUUCUAUUUUACCUUACAUUUUUCUGUUUCCGAACACAGAAACAUUCAUCUAAUCACAAACACAAGGUUGUUUUCUUGAUUUACAAAAGAGGGAAAUUUUUAUUCUCUUCCUCUUAAUCAACUUCUUUGGCAGAGGCAGUCAUGGAAGAAAAUUACAGCAAACCCCCAGGAAUCAGGUUUAUGGAGAGGGCAAAGAAGUCAAGUCUCUCUUUCAAAACAUAUCAAGCCAUAGUCCUAAUUGUAACUUUUUUAGCAUAUGCAAGUUAUCAUGCUACUAGAAAAACUACUAGCAUUGUAAAAAGUGCACUUGAUCCCCAGACCCCUGGUGUGGAUGGUUUAAUGUUUCCGUGGCAAAGGCAUACUACUCAAGAAAGUUCAAGACUUUCUUGGAUGCUUAAAGAUGGUUGGUUGCCAUUUAACGGACACGAUGGUACAGCUAUGCUCGGUCAACUUGAUGUGUCUUUCCUUUUUGUAUAUGCCAUGGGAAUGUAUUUCUCCGGGCACGUUGGCGAUAGGAUGGAUCUAAGAAUAUUUUUGACAAUAGGAAUGGUGGGAACUGGUUUAUUCACUGCCCUUUUUGGAGUUGGAUAUUGGGCAAAUGUACACAUUUUUUACUACUAUCUAAUAGUCCAAAUGAUGGCUGGAUUGUUCCAAUCAACUGGUUGGCCUUCAGUCGUCGCAGUUGUUGGGAAUUGGUUUGGGAAAAAGAAGAGAGGACUUAUAAUGGGUAUUUGGAAUGCUCACACAUCCAUCGGAAACAUUACGGGUUCUUUGGUUGCUUCAAUCUUGUUGAAGUAUGGAUGGGGUUGGUCAAUGGUUGUUCCUGGUAGCAUUAUUGCUAUCAUUGGCGUGCUGGUAUUCCUUUUUUUGCCAGUUCAUCCCGAGUCUGUCGGAGCAAAUCAUGAUGAAGAUGAAGAUGAAGUGUUCUCUCCUAGAAAAGAAGGCGAGGAAGUAACAGAGCCUCUGUUGAGAUCAGAUAGAGAAGAGGAAUCAGCCGUGGGUUUUAUAGAAGCAUGGAAAAUUCCAGGGGUUGCACCUUUUGCUCUUUGCCUUUUCUUUGCCAAGUUGGUAGCAUAC